AUGUCCAAAUAUAAGGAACUUGUGCAACUUUCGACCACUUACGCCCGUCGGAUGAAUCACCUAUCUAAUCGAAUUUUCGGAGAAGUGACCCGAACUACCAAUCCCCAAUCGAUGAAGGUAGUUAAAAUGUUCAGCGAGGAGCCUGUCCAGUGCCGGGAUUAUGUGAAAAACUGGUACCCUAGACAUGUGGAAACCCACCUUCUGGCGAUGAAGCUGCGAGAAUAUGGACUGUUUCGGGAUGAACAUCAGGACUUCAAAGAGGAAAUGAAACGAUUGCGAGCCCUGCGAGGAAAGGCUCCACCGAAAAAGGGCGAAGGAAAGCGAGCUAAGAAAUAGAUGGUAGUAUAACCAAUAAACACUGUAAGUUAGACCUAU